AUGGAUGUGGAAUUAACAUUAUAAUACUUACCCUCAUAAAUGCAUAUCGAAUAAAUAAGCAUAUUUGUUACACUUUCAACAACUGAUAAUUUAAUUUAAUCAGUUAGUAAAGCAAUCUAACUUAAAUCUGAACAGUUUACUUUAUUUCUUUUUAAAUAUGGUUUUUAGGUUUUCUUUUUUUUAAUAUAAAAGAUUCGAAUUGUGCAUGGCUGGAAUUGUGAUUACAUAGAACCAUUAGAUAUUUUAACAAUCAAAGUUCUUGAUCCCUCUUUAUCUUUUUCUCUUUUGAAAGAAAAAAAACAUUCAGAAGUAGAUUUUAGUCCAUAUUUUUAUGAAGAAUCUCAUAAUGAUAAAUAAAUAAAUUUAUAUGAUACGAUGGUAGAUAAAAUUAAAGCAAAUAAAAUAGAUUAUAUUGAAAAGCAUUUAAAUAAAGAAAUAGCAAACUAAACAAAUAAAGAAGGCUGGACUAUGUUGCAUUGGAUUUGUUAUUUUGGGAAAAUAGAUAUUAUAAAAAUAAUAGUACCUCUUUGUGUAGAUAUCAAUUAGGAAACCUUAGAUGGAUGGACCUCAUUAAUGAUAUCAAUAAGAUAGUAGCAUAUCUCAAGUAAAGCUCAAUUCAUUAUUUAGUAACUAGGUAUUUGCUUAAUUAAUAAAGUAUUAAUGUGAAUUUAGUCACCUAAUAAACUAGCGCACUUCAUUUGGCGUGUAGAAUGGAAAAUACUAUAGUCCUUCAAAUGCUUUAAGAAAAAGAUGCUGAUUUUUUAAUCCUAGAUCGUUAUAAUAAUAAUGUGUUUAAUAUUGCAUCUUUGAAAAUGCAAUUAUUUUUAUUGGGCCUGGUUAACAAAAUGCCAUUAGUUACAGAAAUUUAAUUAUUUUCAUAAAUAAAUCCAUUUAUAGCAAAAGGAACCUAUUUUUCACCUGGUUCGAGUCCUUGGACCAUAAAAUAAAGAUAUUUAGUAAUUAAUCCUAUGGGGGAUCAUCUUAUAAGAUACAAAGAUAAAUGUUAGACUGAAAUUAGAGAAUCAAUAAAAUUAUCUUAAAUUUCAUAGAUUAAUCCUAACUAUUCAAGUUUUAAACUUAAAAAAGGCUUCUUUUACAUUUAACUUCAAGGAGAGAAUCAUAAUGAUUUAAUAAUAGGUUUAUCAACACUUGAUCAUCUUUCAAGAUGGUCGGCUCUCAUAAAAAAAGGUAUAACCUAUACUAAAAAUGUUGCUUCUGGAUUGUAACUAAACAAUAUAUUCAUAAAAUUAGAAGAAAUCGACUUAGACUCUCCUCCUACAAGUAUUCCUCCAAAAAGAGAUAGUUAGACACCAAUAAGAAGGAAGAUUUCUGAUUUAUCAUCUUUAAUGCCUAAAUUAACUCAUUAAAUUCCAAAAUUCAAAGAUUUCGUUUUAAAAUCUUUAUUAAUGAAUGAUUAAAUAAGCUGUGUUUUUAAAGCUUAUUGUGAAUUAGAUGGAUCUACUUAUGCUUUAAAAUGUCUUAAUAAAUAGUAAUUAAUAUAAAAUGGGCUCCUUGGAGAGGCUAUACAUGAAGUUCGUACAUUAAUCUCAGUUGAUAACCCAUAUAUUAUAUAACUCUAAUAUGCUUUUCAAACUCCGAAUUAUUUAUAUCUGGCUUUUGAACAUUGUAAUGGCGGUAGUUUAUAUUCCAUUUUAAAUGCUUUAGAAAGAAUUACAGAUAGUUAAGCAAAAUAUUAUUUAAGUUAAAUAUUAAUUGCUUUAGAGUUUUUGCAUAGUUAGAAUAUUAUUUACAAUAAUCUGUGCUUACAAAAUGUCUUAUUGACUUCCAAAGGAAGCAUUAAAUUAAUAGGUCUUCAAAAUUAUGGUUUCUAAUCAAUCUAUUAUAAGACUCCUGAAUAUUUAGAUGAGGGAAAAAUCGGAAAGUACACAGAUUAUUAUUAGUUUGGAAUUCUAGCAUUCGAACUUUUAUCUGGAUGCCAUCCAUUUUAAGGUAAUACAAAAAAUCAAAUAAUUUUGGGUAUUUUGACUUGUCAAAUAAACUACCCAUAAUAUAUUAAUAAGGUAAAAUAAUAAUGUAAAAUAAGGAAGCAAUAAAUUUAAUAAAUAAACUCACGAAUAAAAAUUAUCAAAAAAGAAUAAAUUUUGAAUAAAUCAGAUAGCAUCCAUUUUUUUCUGAUACUAAUUGGGAACAGUAUUGUUUUCAAAAAUUAAAAAAUCCAAUCAGAUUAAAUUAAUUGAGAAACUAUUUAAAAUUAGAAAAGGUUGUAUUUUAUUAUAUGAUUAGAUUACCUUUUAAGAUGAGGAUUAUGAAUUGCAUGAUUAAAGUAAUUUUAAAAAAGUUAUUCAAUAUGAUUAUAUAAAAUUUACUUGA